AUGCUCCUUCUUCUUCUUCUUCUUCUUCUUCCCAUCCUCAUCUCAUCAUCUUCUGCAGCUUCUUCUUCUUCCCAAUCCCCUGUAAUUGGCAAUGGCUACCGUCUCAUCUCCAUUGAUGAAUCCUCCGAUGGUGGACUUAUUGCCCACCUCCAAGUCAACCACAAAAACACCAUCUACGUUUCUUCUGUCGGUUACUGUCUCUGUCGGAUUUUCAGGCAUGAAACGGAUGAGCGUUUGAGGGUACACAUCACCGAUGCACAGCAGCAAAGAUGGGAAGUACCGUACGACCUCUUACCAAGAGAACAACCUCCACCGCCUUCCAUCGGCCGAUCACCAGGAACCACCAUCACCGCCACAGAAUACGCCGGCAGCGAGUUGAUAUUCAGCUACAUCACCGAUCCGUUUUCGUUCGCUGUGAGAAGGAAAUCCAACGGUGAGACGCUCUUCAAUUCCGCCUCCGACGAAUCCUCCCCUUUCAAUCCCCUGGUGUUUAAAGAUCAGUAUCUGGAGAUCUCAACGUCUCUGCCAAAAGAUGCGUCGUUGUACGGGCUGGGAGAAAACACGCAGCCGCACGGGAUUAAGCUGUACCCAAACGAUCCGUACACGCUGUGGACGACGGAUCAAUCGGCGAUUAACCUGAAUAUGGAUUUGUAUGGAUCGCACCCUGUGUAUAUGGAUUUGAGGAAUGUGGACGGGAAGGCAAAUGCACAUGGGGUAUUGCUGCUGAACAGUAAUGGAAUGGAUGUGUUGUACCGGGGGACGUCCUUGACAUACAAAGUAAUCGGUGGUGUUUUCGACUUCUACUUCUUCUCGGGACCUUCUCCCCUUGCUGUUGUGGAUCAGUAUACUCAGCUUAUUGGUCGCCCUGCUCCUAUGCCCUACUGGUCUCUAGGGUUUCACCAAUGCAGAUGGGGUUACCACAAUCUAUCUGUGGUCGAAGACGUCGUCCAAAACUACCGGAAGGCCGAAAUUCCUCUCGAUGUUAUUUGGAAUGAUGACGAUCACAUGGACGGACACAAAGAUUUCACGCUAAAUCCCAAGACUUACCCUCGCCCAAAACUGCUCGACUUCUUGAACCGUAUACAUUCCCAUGGCAUCAAGUACAUCGUCAUUAAUGACCCUGGAAUCGGCGUUAAUUCCAGUUAUGGAACUUACCAACGAGGACUUGCUAAUGAUGUUUUCAUCAAGUACCACGGGAAGCCGUAUUUGGCCCAAGUCUGGCCUGGGCCAGUUAACUUCCCCGACUUCCUCAAUCCGAAAACCGUGUCUUGGUGGGCUGAUGAAAUCCGGAGGUUUCAUGAGCUUGUCCCCAUAGACGGGCUUUGGAUAGACAUGAAUGAGGCUUCAAAUUUUUGUUCAGGCCUAUGCAAGAUACCUGAAGGAAAGCAGUGCCCUAGUGGUACUGGACCCGGUUGGAUUUGUUGUUUGGAUUGCAAGAACAUCACGAAAACGAGAUGGGACGAGCCGCCGUACAAGAUCAAUGCAUCGGGAACGCCUGUGCCCAUCGGGUACAAGACUAUACCGACAAGUGCGGUUCACUAUAACGGCGUCCUGGAGUACGAUGCACAUAGCAUAUAUGGGUUCUCUGAGACCAUCGCCACUCACAAAGGCCUUCUAGGCCUCGAGGGAAAACGCCCUUUUAUCUUGACCCGGUCUACAUUUGUGGGAUCGGGUCGGUAUGCAGCCCAUUGGACCGGAGACAACAAGGGAACUUGGGAUGAUCUCAAGUAUUCGGUGUCUACCAUGUUGAAUUUUGGGAUAUUUGGCAUUCCAAUGGUUGGGUCGGACAUAUGUGGGUUUUACCCGGCGCCAACCGAAGAGUUAUGCAACCGUUGGAUCGAAUUGGGAGCGUUUUACCCUUUCUCGAGAGACCACGCCAACUACUAUUCCCCAAGACAAGAGCUUUACCGGUGGAAGUCCGUAGCUAAGUCGGCUAGAAACGCAUUAGGUAUGCGGUACAAGCUUCUUCCUUACUUGUACACGUUGUCCUACGAGGCGCACACGACAGGUUCGCCCAUUGCACGCCCGCUCUUUUUCUCAUUCCCGAACAUCACAAAACUUUAUGGAUUAAGCACGCAAUUCUUGCUCGGAAGUAGCGUAAUGGUCUCGCCAGUUCUCGACAAGCAUCAAACGAAAAUAAGCGUAAUGUUCCCUCCCGGAACUUGGUACAAUUUGUUCGAUUUGAGUCGAGGUAUUGUCUCGAAGGAAACCGAGUCUUUUUCGGUGGAUGCUCCCUUGCACGUGAUCAAUGUCCAUUUAUAUCAAAACACCAUUCUUCCUAUGCAAAGAGGAGGAAUGGUAUCAAAAGAAGCAAGAACGACACCGUUUACCCUCAUUGUGACUUUUCCGGCCGGGGCCACCGAAGGGGAGGCGAAAGGAAAUCUUUAUCUAGAUAAUGAUGAGCUUCCCGAGAUGAAAUUGGGAAACGGUCAAUCAACUUAUAUCGAUUUUACCGCAAAGGUUGAGAAGGGCGUGGUGAAAGUGUGGUCAGAUGUGAAAGAAAGUGCGUUUGCUCUCGAGAAAGGCCUGGUUCUUGAGAAAAUUACGGUCCUCGGGUUAACUGGGGUCGGAAGAGGAUUUUCUGUGGAGGUCGAGGGCAUUACAUUGGUUUUCAAUAUAUCGAAGUUGGAACUGGUUGAAACCGAACAUGACUUUUUGGAUGAGUUGAAAGGUAAAGGUAACAAGAAGAGUAGAAUGACGGAGGUCAAGGGGUUGGAUAUACCCAUUGGUAAAAAAUUCUCGAUAUCGUGGAAAAUGGGAAUUCAUUGAUUGUUAAGGGGGUUCAACUGAAAAUUAUGCGAAAGCAAAAUUAAUGUUUUUCGAAUAAUUAUUUUGUUAUUAUCAUAAUUAUUUUUCAAGUAUUUACAAUUGUGGUAUCACGUGAUAUUAAGAUGUAAGGGGUGGUUUGAUAGUUUAUUAAUAGUUUGAUGGAUAAUGAUUAAGUGGUCAGAAUAAUUAAAAGGUUUUUAUGA